GCAUAAAGGCCGUCCGUUCCCAAAUGCGUAAACGUCUGCAAAGACGCAUCAGAAAACAUGUUUAUCCUUCUUUAUCUGAGCUUUUGGAGUGUGUUGGGGUCUCACAGUCAGAGCUUGAGCUCAACAGCAGCAGCAACAACAUUGCAAGCAUUUGUGACACCUGGAGAAGACAACGGCCAAUGCACGACCUGUCAGUUUAGACAGCAGAGUAAACUCAUGCGCCUGCACUCCAUUAAGUCUCAGAUUUUGAGCAUCCUGCGUCUAGAACAAGCUCCGAAUAUCAGCAGAGACACGGUCAAGCUACUCUUACCCAAGGCACCUCCACUGCAGGAGCUCCUGGAUCAGUAUGACCAAAACGGAGGUAUUAGUGAGGAUCAGGAACAAGGCAGCAGUGAGACCAUCAUUACCAUGGCCACAGAACCUCAAGCCUUCACCCAUCUUGAGGGAAUGCCAAAGUGUUGCAUGUUCUCACUGAGCCCAAAGAUUAUGCCUAACAGCAUCCUCAAAGCUCUGCUCUGGAUCUACCUCCGACCAGCUGAGGAGCCAACCACAGUCUUCAUCCAGAUAUCUCACCUGAGGUCUUUGUCUGAAGGGAGCAACCACUCAAGAAUACGAGCACAAAAAAUUGAUGUGAACGCCCGGACAAACUCCUGGCAGCACAUCAACAUGAAGCAGCUGUUGCAGUUGUGGCUCAAACAGCCUGAGAGUCACUUUGGGAUAGAAAUCAAGGCCUUUGAUGCAAAUGGAAACGAUCUGGCUGUGACCUCUGCAGAAUCUGGAGAAGAAGGACUGCAACCCUUCCUGGAGGUGAAAAUAUCAGACACUGGCAAGCGGACCAGACGGGACACCGGCCUCGAUUGCGAUGAGCAUUCCACUGAGUCCCGUUGCUGCCGGUAUCCACUCACCGUUGACUUUGAGGAAUUCGGUUGGGACUGGAUAAUUGCUCCCAAGCGUUACAAGGCCAAUUACUGCUCUGGUGAAUGUGUGCAGAAGUACCCCCACAGUCACAUCGUCAACAAGGCCAACCCUCGGGGCAGCGUAGGCCCCUGCUGCACGCCCACCAAGAUGUCACCCAUAAACAUGCUGUAUUUCAAUGACCGUGAGCAGAUAAUCUACGGAAAAAUCCCUUCAAUGGUCGUGGACCUUUGUGGCUGCUCUUGAGCUUCUUGAGUAGCUACGACAGCAAGCCCUCACUACUUUGGACCAGAGGGGAAGUGAAAAUAACCUUUACCCUGUCCCUGACAAAAUAGUUCCUGCUAAAACAAUUGACCACACCAGGAUCCCAACAAACCAACUUAUCCAGUUCUUUUAGUUCGUUCUCAUCGACUUUUG